AAGCAGCAGCGGCCGACAACAGAAAUGAAAGAACUAACUUUUACGGCACAUCUUUCUUUUUGUCAAUUGAGAGGCGAACGCCGACGUCAAUUGUUUGAAAAAAAGAGGAAGGAACGGAAUCGAAAAUUUGUGUUGUUGGUGGCAGUUGAUAUUUUAAAAGAUGAAUCGUCGUUACUCGCGCGUUGAGUCCGGUGGGGAUCUCAAGGACUACUUUGAUAGAGGAGAUAUUGCUUCCCGAGAGAAUCGUUGGACAUUUGAGAUCGCAUGGGAGGUGGCUAACAAAGUUGGAGGCAUUUACACUGUUAUACGCUCAAAGGCCUAUGUUUCGACCGAGGAAAUGGGUGAACAGUUGUGUCUGAUGGGUCCUUACAAGGAACACUGCGCCCGAACGGAAAUGGAAGAAAUUGAAUUUCCACGGGGUAAUCCACUGCUGGAUGCAGUAAACAGUUUGCGCUCGCGUGGAUACAAAAUACAUACCGGGCGUUGGCUUGUCGAUGGUAAUCCUCAACUCAUUCUAUUCGACAUCGGUUCUGGUGCAUGGAAAUUAGAUCAGUUCAAGUCUGAAUUGUGGGACAAGUGUCAUAUAGGAGUUCCCCACCUCGAUGUUGAAAGCAAUGAUGCCAUAAUAUUGGGUUUCAUGAUCGCUGAGUAUUUGGAAGAGUUCCGAAGAUGUGCCUCCGAAUAUUCACAGGCAAAUGAUUUGCAAGUGCCUCGCAUCGUGGCACACUUCCAUGAAUGGCAAGCAGGGGUUGGUCUGAUUGCGCUAAGAACUCGGCAUGUUGAGAUUGCUACAGUAUUUACGACGCAUGCUACCUUGCUGGGACGUUAUUUGUGUGCCGGUAAUACCGAUUUUUACAAUAACUUGGACAAAUUUGCCGUGGAUGAGGAAGCCGGCAAGCGACAGAUAUACCACAGAUACUGUUUAGAACGUGCUGCCACCCACUUGUCACAUGUCUUCACAACCGUCUCUGAGAUCACGGGCUACGAGGCAGAACAUUUGCUGAAACGCAAACCGGACAUUAUAACGCCGAAUGGUCUCAAUGUCAAAAAGUUCUCAGCUAUUCAUGAAUUCCAAAACCUGCAUGCCAUGGCUAAGGAAAAGAUCAACGAAUUCGUAAGAGGCCACUUUUAUGGCCACAUGGAUUUCGAUUUGGACAAGACAUUGUACUUCUUCAUAGCCGGUCGUUAUGAGUUCGGCAAUAAAGGUGCCGACAUCUUCAUUGAGUCAUUGGCUCGUUUGAAUGCAAUGUUGAAACAGGAGAAGCCCGAUACAACCGUUGUUGCGUUCCUAAUCUUUCCAACCAAGACGAACAAUUUUAAUGUCGAUUCCUUGCGAGGCCAUGCCGUUGUUAAACAAUUGCGUGACACAAUCAAUGGCGUCCAGCAAGGCAUCGGCAAACGCUUGUUUGAUUCAUGCCUCAAGGGACACAUUCCAGGUCCAGACGAGUUGCUUACAAAGGAUGACCUCGUGAAAAUUAAGCGGUGUAUGUAUGCCUUGCAGAGAGAUUCAAUGCCUCCAGUAACGACCCACAACAUUGUUGACGAUUGGAAUGAUCCUGUGUUGGGAGCCAUUAGACGCUGCCAACUUUUCAAUACUGUUCACGACCGUGUAAAAAUGGUAUUCCAUCCAGAGUUUUUAACUUCGACAAAUCCCCUGUUUGGAAUCGAUUAUGAAGAGUUCGUUCGUGGCUGCCAUUUAGGUGUUUUCCCCUCAUACUACGAACCUUGGGGCUAUACUCCAGCUGAAUGCACUGUGAUGGGUAUACCAAGCAUUACAACAAAUCUUUCCGGCUUUGGAUGCUUCAUGGAAGAACACAUAAGUGAUCCAAAGUCUUAUGGUAUUUACAUUGUUGACCGCAGAUAUAUUGGUUUAGAGAAUAGCAUUCAGCAAUUGGCCAGCUAUAUGAUGGACUUUUCCAGACUUAAUAGAAGACAAAGAAUUAUACAACGAAACCGAACAGAACGUUUGAGUGAUUUGCUUGAUUGGAGGACACUUGGCAUUUACUACAGACAAUCACGCGUAAAAGCUUUACAAGCCGUUUAUCCUGACUAUGUGGAUGAAAGCUCGCUGUACAGUUCCCGAAGCAACUUGAACUUCUCAAGACCUUUUAGUGAACCUCCAAGCCCUUCGUCUUCAAGACACACAACUCCUGCCCCUUCGGUACAUGGCUCUGACGAAGAGGACUCUGUUGAUGAAGAAACCGAACUCAAGGAGUUGGGUAUCAAAUAAUGAGACAACUUUUUCACGCCGGUUCGUUUAAGAAGCUAACAUACAAUCCAUGACCCCUGACUAACUAUACCUAGAUCCGAUGAUCCGUUACCACUGCUCCUACUGCUUCUUUUUUGAUUUAUAACUUGAAGAGAUGACGAUCCGUAUUCUAAAUAAUAAUAAUAACUACAAAGCUACGCUAAAACCUUUUUACCUCAUUCAACGAACAAUUUUGAUGUACCCUAAACAACUAAACAACCAUAUACAAAAAAUAAUAAUAAUCAACAAACUGAAUAGAAAUAUCAAAAAAAAAAAAAACAAUUGCACUUAAGACAUUCAUUAUUAGAAACGGUGUAUUACGAUAUUAGAAAAAUUAGAGAAAAAUAAGAAUAAACAGCAAUAAAAAUAUUUCAAACAUUAUUAGUUAAAUGAUUUUAAAUAAAUAUAUCAAUAAAUUAGAAA